AUGUCACGGCCGGCUUUUUCCAGCACGGAUUCAUCGCCGGUCUCCUUUCACACUGCGAUAGAGUCCGAGUCGUCGCAUCGAUCAACAGCAGCAAGCAGCCCGCUCCACACCCAACAUGCACCAUUUCGCGACGUGCGGCCCUUGCCGCGCGAUCUCAAGGCGCACUGCCAAAUCUUCCUCGAAGAACAACUCUAUCUCGGUGCCAUCAACCUCUACAACAGUGUCCUCGGGGCGGGAUCCUCGCGACGGCGGCAGACUUCACAAAGCGUAUACGUCCCACCACCGAGCCACCUCGCGGUCCUCAACACGCUGAUCGUGCACCCGGUAUAUACAACCCGCGCCGACAAGCAGUCCGAGGAAAUUGCGACGCUGGCGCUCAGCUACCUCCGCAGCCUCCUCGAGCUGGUUGGCCCCGUCAACGCCAACCUGCGCACCGCCUUUCAGUUCUACUCGACACCGCGCUGGCACCGGCGGACAGGCUACAGUACCGAUGGAAGCCUGUCCGACGCGUCCCAGGACGAGCGCGAGCGCGAGCGCGAGCGCGUCACCGGCAGCCUCGCCAACGAGAAUAGCGUGUGGAGCCGGGGCCAGGACUUUUGGACCACGCUCGGGUGGGCGCUCAAUUGCAGCACGCUGUACCCGCAGCGCUGGCGCUACUGGAAAGCGUGGCUCGAGUUUAUGCUCGACGUCCUGCAGGCGGACUGGUCGGAGAGGGAGCGCCUUGACCGGGAAGCCCACGAGGCUACAAGCGAAGGCCAGGACGGGCCUGUGCCGACGACGAGGCGGCAGGACUCUAUCCUGGCCAUGUACAUGCAGCAGAAGAACGGUCCGCAGAGCGGCUUCAAGGCCAUCAUGAAGGCCCUCUUCGCUGACGGCGGCAGCCUCUCCAGCUCGUACUUUCGCGAAGUGUUUGACCGGGAGCCGCGCGGCCGCGUCGAGGCGAGCCGCAAACGCAAGCGCCAGGACCGCGUCGACGUGGAAAACGAUAAAUUCGGUGACUACCUCGAUGAGGACCCACUCUCAUCCGGCGCGUCCGAGCCACCCACGCCCGAGAAACCUCGCGACGCGCUCUCAUCAGCCGGCUCCUUCGGCACCACGUUCCCAGGGCUUGCCGAGUCAGUCCCGCUGCGGCUGCGGCUGUUCCAGCUGCUCUCUGAGGCGACAUCUGUGCUGCACGAACCGGCCGAUGUGGUGCGCCUGUGCGACGCCUACGCAUCGUCGCUCAAGGUAGUGCCGCUGAACCUGUUCGCGCUCGUCGUCGCGCAGCGCCGGGGGCCGCUCCCGGCCGCGCUGCGUGUCACGCUUCUCAAGGUGCUCCUGGCCCUGCUCCUGCCCGCCAGCCACGUGCCCCCCCACAAGGCCGACCCGGUGGGCGAGGCCGAGGCGUGCCUCAGCACCGUCAUGCUCACGCGCUGCUACGCCCAGCACCCGGCCAACACGGUCGGCGUCGAGGACAACGCCAAGCUCUCUCUCGUCAUCGAGGCCGCCGUCCAGCUGCUAUGGACCUGUCACGCGCUCGAAUACGGGCCCGCGCUCGACGAAGCCCUGCGCGCCGGUAUUGACGCCCGACAGGCCAAGGUGAAGCGCAAGCGUACGGGCAAGGCCCGGCCGGACCCGGAGGAGGCGCUGGCGGCCGAGGUGCUCGACGCGUCGUCGGAUCGGCUGCGCCUGUUGCUGCAGGUGCUACGGGACACGGCGAGUGAAGAGGAUACAUGUGUUGCAAAACCUGUGUAA